AAGGAAAAGCAUUCCAUGGGCUCUUUAAACUCCUUAUCUAUCCCAGUUACCUUGUUCAUCACAAGUGCCUCUUUUUACUAACCUCAUGGUUUUUGUCAAUCAGUUUGCUUCAAUGGUACCUCAGAGUGUUGUAUCCUCCCAGCAGCAGCUGACAGUGCGGCGCUUCCACACUAGUGCCGUGAGCCAAGACAUUGACACUGCUGCAAAGUUCAUUGGAGCAGGAGCUGCCACUGUAGGAGUGGCUGGAUCUGGAGCUGGGAUUGGAACUGUGUUUGGUAGCCUUAUUAUUGGAUAUGCCAGGAACCCCUCGCUGAAACAGCAGCUCUUCUCUUACGCCAUCUUGGGGUUUGCUCUGUCUGAAGCUAUGGGUCUUUUCUGUCUGAUGGUUGCCUUCCUUAUUCUGUUUGCAAUGUAAGCACUUAAACAUUUGCUGUAAAAAGAUACACAUUGCAAUUUUGCAGACCCAUAUCAUUCAUAAUGAUUUUGCCAUUAUGGUGUAUAUUUAAUCAAAUGUUUUGUUAACAAACAUGCAGCCAAUAGUAGAAGUAAAACAUUUCAAGUAAGUCACAGAGUGUGUCUGUACAUUUGUGUUUUAUGUUUGGGUUAUUUGUGUAGGCUAUGUUGAUUUAGACACUAUGGCACUGUGUUGUGCAAUCAUGGGACACAAAAGUCUUCCACUGUCUUGGAGUCUUGGAUCAUUUGUUACAUAUAGCCUAAACUACCAGUUAAAGCUUUGGACAUUGUUUUCUGCUGAAUUAAAUGAGAACGUGUGUUCAAAUGUUUCAUUUGUAGUGUAACUCACUAAGUUUAAAAACUCCUGACAGUAUCAUUUUAUGUCUGCCUUGCUGGGCUCAAGUAGACUAAAAAUAGCAAGAUAUAAAAAUGGAGGGCAAAUAAUAAUUUUAAUUA